AUGGCGCAGUCUGUCCGAAGUACGGUUCUGGGUGGCAUUAUUGAGACACCAGAUAGCAUCCGUUGCGAGUCACUGACAGCUUGUUUCUACAUCAGCUCUUCGUGGGAUCAAAUAAGACAGCAAUAUGUUGCGGUGAAAAAGAUACUGGAGCCGUUCAGAACGCCCGCUACUACACAAUAUAUUUUCAGAGAGAUUAAACUGCUGAAGCACUUGCAACAUGAAAAUGUCCUCCGUCCGCUUGACAUAUUCAUAUCUCCCACAGAAGAUAUGUGCGAAAAUUCAAUGCAAUUGUAA